AAACCGAUUUCAUCAUCAUCGUUUUCGAGUUUCUCAAGAAUAACCCAAAUCAAAUUCCCUCUUCCCACUAAAAUCCUUGUUAUCUUCGUCUUUAAUGGCACGAACUAAGCAAACCGCCAGGAAAUCAACCGGAGGAAAGGCUCCGAGGAAGCAAUUGGCCACCAAGGCCGCCAGGAAAUCAGCUCCGGCGACCGGUGGAGUCAAGAAGCCCCAUAGGUUCAGGCCAGGGACUGUGGCAUUGAGAGAGAUCCGAAAGUACCAGAAGAGUACAGAGCUUCUUAUCAGGAAACUUCCAUUCCAGAGAUUGGUAAGAGAAAUUGCUCAAGAUUUCAAGACUGACCUUCGUUUUCAGAGCAGCGCUGUUGCGGCUCUUCAAGAGGCGGCUGAGGCUUAUCUCGUUGGGCUCUUUGAAGAUACCAAUCUUUGUGCCAUUCAUGCCAAGAGGGUUACUAUUAUGCCUAAGGAUAUCCAGCUCGCUAGAAGAAUCAGGGGUGAGAGGGCUUAGAUUUAGAGGUUGUGAUGGUAUUUGCAUCUAGUUUUAGUGUUUUAUAUAUUACUGCACGAUUCUAGUUUAAGAUCGUGUUAUUGAUCUUGUUUGCUACCUGUUUGAUGAAAUCAACUCUGUAAAAUUCCUUAAGUUUAAUGGUUAAUUGACGAAACAAUAUUUGAGAUUUCA